AUGCGGACGUACGGAACCCCGAGAGGCUGCCGAGUCCGCGCGACUGCGGGAGGGGGGCGUUCCUGUUCCUUUGCAAGUAGCAAUCUUUAUCCUGCUCAGAAUGACCAAUCCUUAGCUAAUAUCACCACAUCCAGAAGACCUCACCAUGAUGGCGAAAGGUCUGGACCAAGUUUCAGGAAAGAUAGCUGUACAUACAGCCUUCUCUGUACUUUCCCAAAAGGAACAGAAAAAGAACAAGUCCCCGUGGGCACAGAAGGCAGAGAGCCAAAGCAUGACUCAGUUGAUGGAUCAAUUUCAUUUGAGGAUGUGACUGUGAACUUCACUCAGGAGGAGUGGGGUCAGCUGGACCCUGAUCAGAGGACCUUGUGCAGGGAUGUGAUGCUGGAGAACUACAGAAUCCUCAUCUCACUGGGGCAUUGCAUUACCAAACCAGAGGAGAUCUUCAAGUUAGAGCAAGAAGCACCAUGGAUAUUAGAGGAAGAAUUUACAAGCCAUUGUUACCCAGAUGAAUUGAAAGUUGAUGGCAUGAUAAAGAGCAAAGAAAACCAAGACAGACAUUUAUGGCAGGCUGCAUUUAUCAAUAACAAAAAAGUAGUUACUGCGAAAGAGAAUAAAAAUGCCAGUAAAUAUAACCUAGGUGGAAUCAGUUUAGAAAAUAUAUCAGAGUUAACCAAUAAUAAUAGAAACUAUUCAGGAAAGAAAUCUGAUGAUACCAAUGGGUGUGAGAAAUUGAUUCCUGAAAUUAAUCAUGAGAAAACUCAUACUGGAGAGAAACUUAAUGAAUUUAAUAAAAAUGAGAGCACUUGCUAUCAUAAUGAGGAUUUUAUUCAGCAACAGGAGAGUCACAGUGUGGAGUAA